AUGUUUCAUCGAUCAAGCCGAACUCGUGUGCGCGCUACAGCAUGGGGUUCCGACCGUGCUGAGGACGCCCUCCGAAGCGGCCCGUCGUGGAGGAAGCCAGCAGAGGAGAUCAUGACGGCGGAGUUCCAGACGUCCGCCACCAGCAGCACGCGCCAGCCGUCCUCGCCGCUGCCCAGCGACGCGAAGAGCAGCGACGGGGACUCGGGCUCGGGGCCCCGUGCGGAGCGUGGCGCGCAGGACCUCGGGACUGCGGAGGAGCAGAAGCACGCCGGGCAGGAGGCCAGCGUGGCCUCGGAGGACGCCGUGUUCACCGUCAUGAUCCGCCAGAUCCCCCGGCACUACACUCAGCUGAAGUUCCUCGCGGAGCUGUCAUGCCGCGGAUUGCACGGGCUGGUGGAUUUCAUCUACUUCCCUUUCGAUGUCAAGAAGGGCACGAACGUGGGCUUCGGCUUCGUAAACUUCACAGAGCCACGCCACACGGAGCGCUUCCGGCAGGAGUUCGACAACGUGUAUCUGGACAUGGAGAUGCGCAACAAGGAGAAGCCGUUGCGCAUGCACCCGGCGGCGGUGCAGGGCUUCCAGGACAAUUACUCUCACUUCGUGAGCACGAAGACUGGUCAGAAGGCAGACCGACGGUACAGCCCGCUCUUCAUGCCGCGCGGGUCUUGGGCCGGGCUGGCGGAGGACAUCCAGAUGGAGCUGGCGCAGCUGCGGGAGGCCUUCAAUUCACGACCGCCUGGCUUGCUGCACGUAUCCCGGAGCGAGGUGCCAGCGCAGAUCUGCAGUCUCCCGCAGCAAGCUGCCGGCGCGGAGGGCCCGUUCCCGGGCGAGGGGAAGAAGAAGAAGAAGAAGAAGAAGAAAAAGAAAGGCAGUUUCAGUGGAUUCGCAGGCAGCUGGAGCGCGGCGCUCGUGCGCACACCUCGGCUGGCGGUGCGGCAGCUCACGGGCGUGCUGAGCACAAAGUCAUCGUCGACCUUCCCCGGCAUUCCGACCUCGUUCCCCGAACGGGCAGUACCGUUGGCGGCGCCGGAUUCCAUUCUGCGGAUGGGCGUCGAGACGUUCGAGGAGGCGCCGGUGGACACGAACCAGUUUGGCUUGGAUCGGUUACUGCAGCAGGUCGCGGCGAAAACCGAGUCCACCGCGCUCAAGGCAGCCCUUUCAGCGGAGCUCAUCCAGCUUCAGGCACCGAACCGAGAGACGGCCGCGCCGGGCGCAGAGGCCGAGGCGGCCAGGCGCGCCAAUGGUGCGCGGAAGGCCACGGAGACCUUGGCCAAGGCGAAGGGCAUCACUGCCUCGGCUUCAGCUGCCGGGGAGGCCACCGCCGCCGAAGCGAACCAGCCAAAGUUCAAGGCGACGCGGAAUCAGGUGCAGCUCCAGAGCACGCCGAGCGCCAAGGAGGCUGAAAUCCAGAUCACGCUGGAGGACGCCGCCCAUGCGCGCAUGGAGGUGGACGACAGCCGCGCGAAGAAGAGGUCCAUGGGCAAUUGCAAGGGCCCUUCAACCUCGGCGGGGGCCCAGGCGAUGGCGCCCCAUGCGCCGGCGGCGCCGCUGCUGGCCUGCGACGCGGGCCCGCCGGGGGCCGACGACAGCGCGGGCGAUGCCCCCUUGGGGCAUGCGCUGGACUGGAAUGGGAGAGCCGGGCGCCAGAGUAAACGGGGACAGGCGAUACUCACCAAGUUGACCAAUUGCCUUGCCAAGUAUCUCGUAGCACAUGCCCCAGCGGCUCACGCCAAGCUCAGCGCGCACGAGCGCGGCGACUUCACCGCCGCCCGAUUCGAGACGCGCGAGUCGGGCCCGAAGAUGCCCGAUUGUAGCCUGGACAUCUCGGCCAAGGAACCCCCAAUCUGGCUCGACAAGGAGGAACAAGUGGGCCGGCACUGGCCGUGGGAGCAACGCCUGGCAAUUUGCAUCGACUGCAUAGAGCCAUGGAUUCAGGUGUUUGACGCAGACUAUCCGCCGCGCAAGAUGAUCGCGGCGGCUGGAAUUGCCCCAUGGACGGCCAUGGAGCGCGGCUUCAAGUUGCACGAGUCCGCUAAGACAUACCUCAACAUACCAGGCAUCACUGACAGUGACCACGCUCGUCUGAUACAGUGCCUUAUCUCGACUAGACCGCAUGAGAGCCACACGUUUAAGCAGGACUCCAUAGACUUAGGUGAGCAGAAAUUGGAUGAACGAUUCACCUACCAGAGGUCAGGCGACCCUGCGAUGGCCAUCGAUGCGCUGACCUAG